UGUGAAGAUGGCUACAGACUUAGGAGAGCUGUUGGUCCCUUACAUGCCCACCAUCAGAGUCCCCAGGACGGGAGACAGGGUUUUCAAGAGCGAGUGCGUCUUCUCCUUCGACUCUCCGGAGUCUGAGGGAGGCCUGUAUGUGUGUAUGAACACAUUCCUGGGCUUCGGACGAGAACAUGUGGAGAGGCAUUAUCGCAAAACAGGACAGAGCGUUUACAUGCACCUCAAGCGACAUGUCAAAGAAAAAGCAACAGGAGCUGCAGGAGGUGCCAUCCCCAGACGAAGAAACGGAAAAGUGUUUCUAGAUUUAGAGCUAAACCGCGACUUUAAUGGAGAGGACUAUGAAUAUGAGGAUGAGGCCAAGCUCGUCAUUUUUCCAGACCACUUCGAGAUCCCCUUACCAAAUAUUGAGGAGUUACCCGCUCUGGUGACCAUUGCCUGUGAUGCUGUCCUCAAUGCACCAUCAGCUUACAAGAAGCAGGAGCCUGAGUCCUGGGAAGAAGAGAUCCAGGUGUCCAGACAUGCCAGGAGCCUCAGACAGCUGGAUAAUGGGGUCAGGAUCCCCCCCAGCGGCUGGAAGUGUCAGAAGUGCGAGAUGAGAGAAAAUCUGUGGUUGAACCUGACAGACGGAGCCGUGCUCUGUGGGAAGUGGUUCUUUGAUGGGAGCGGAGGCAACGGCCAUGCUCUGGAGCACUACAGAGAGACCAACCACCCGCUGGCUGUCAAACUGGACACCAUCACCCCAGAUGGAGCAGAUGUUUAUUCAUUUGAGGAAGAGGAAGCUGUGUUGGACCCCCACAUAGCAGAACACUUGACACACUUUGGAAUAGACAUGCUACAGAUGCAGAAAAGAACAGAGAAUGGCCACCACACAGACAAUAACGCCCGACCGCGGGUCAGUGAAUGGGAGGUGAUCCAGGAGUCGGGCAUGAAGCUGAAGGCGGUGUACGGUUCUGGUUACACGGGCGUCAAAAACCUGGGCAACAGCUGCUACCUCAGCACAAUAAUGCAGGUCCUCUUCAGCAUCCCAGACUUCCAGAGGAUGUAUGUGGGCAAUCUUCAGAGGAUAUUUGACUAUUCACCCCUUGACCCCUCCCAAGACUUUGCCACACAAAUGGCUAAACUGGGACACGGGCUGCUAUCAGGCCAGUACUCCAAACCACCCAUGAAAUCUGAGCUCAUUGAACAGGUGAUGAAAGAAGAAUACAAGCACCAGCAGCAAGGCGUUUCCCCCAGGAUGUUUAAGUCCCUGGUCAGCAGAGGACACCCAGAGUUUUCCUCCAACAGACAACAAGACGCCCACGAGUUCUUCUUGCACGUCAUCAACCAGGUGGAGAGGAACAGUGCAGGUUCAGAAAAUCCAAGCGAUGCCUUCCGCUUCCUAGUGGAGGAACGAAUUCAGUGCUGCCAGACACGUCGGGUUCGUUACACUCAGCGGGUGGACUACUGCAUCCAGUUACCAGCCCCCAUUGAGGCCGCCACUAAUCGAGAGGAACUGCUGGCUUAUGAGGCCAAAUGGAAGGAUGCUGAGGAGAACAUGAGAGCUCCUCCAGAACCGGUGAGAGCGAGGAUCCCCUUCACCGCCUGUUUGCAGGCCUUCACAGAACCGGAGAACGUCCCUGACUUCUGGAGCUCAGCGCUGCAGGCCAAGUCAGCUGGAGUCAAAACUUCCCGUUUUUCUUCCUUCCCAGAGUAUCUGGUUGUUCAGAUCAAGAAAUUCACAUUUGGGGUAGACUGGGUGCCGAAGAAGCUAGAUUUGGCCAUAGAUGUUCCAGACUUCCUGGAUCUGAGCCGACUUCGGGCCACAGGACUGCAGGCGGGUGAAGAGGAGCUGCCAGACCUCAUGCCUCCCAUCGUGCUACCUGAAGACACUAGAGAUAACUCCAUGAGCUCCAUAGACUCUCCGGAAAUAGAUGAGACGGCAGUAAUGCAGCUGGCAGAGAUGGGCUUCCCAGUGGAGGCCUGUAGGAAGGCGGUCUACUACACAGGCAACAUGGGCCCUGAGAUGGCCUUCAACUGGAUCAUAGCCCACAUGGAGGAGCCCGACUUUGCAGAACCUCUCACUCUGCCAUCCAUGAUAGAUCCCGGUCCCUCCACCAGUGACAGUCCCAUGGGUGCCACCCCGCUGGGCAACUCACCCCCUGAGGAGAGCAUUGCCAUCCUCACUGCAAUGGGCUUCCCCCGCAAUCACAGUAUCCAGGCCCUCAAAGCUACGAACAAUAACCUUGAACGAGCACUCGACUGGAUCUUCACCCACCCGGAGGAGGAGGAGACUGACGCUCUCUCAGAUAUGGCGGACACAGAGCCCAAUGACAACGCUUUCUCCAACGCCAACUCACACAGUGACUCCACACUGUCCCCAGACAGAGACAUGUCGGGGCCGCGGGUCAAAGAUGGACCGGGACGUUAUGAGCUCUUUGCCGUUAUCAGCCACAUGGGAGCAUCCACAAUGUCUGGACAUUAUGUUUGUCACAUCAAAAAGGAGGGCAGGUGGGUUAUCUACAACGACCACAAAGUGUGUUUGUCAGAAAGGCCUCCAAAAGACUUGGGCUACAUCUACUUUUACCAUCGACUGUCAAGCAGUUAAAGUUAUGGCCCCCUCUCCACCACGCAACCUUCUAAAGAACCGCAAUCUUUC